ACCGGAAAGAAACCUUCCCCAUCGGCCGCUGUGCAUGAGGUUGGCGGGCUGCUGGUGUUUGAGUGUUUGAUGUAUUUGUUUAAAUUCUGACGCUCAACUAGCGACCAUAACCUCAGUGUCGUGUAACUCAAUACCACGCGGAACCUUUCCAGUCGGGUAAGUUAACGGUGGUAGCUCAGCCAUGCCGUCCGGCGCUGGACUCAGCAGCCCGGCAGCUGCCCUCGCCGAAGCGCUGGAAAACUCCUCCCGGCUCAUUGACAGACACCUGCAAGAAGACCGCUGCUUUCCGGACCUCUCGGAGCUGCUCAGCGUCCCUUCGCACAAUAUGCCGUCCCUCUCUGGAGUGUCGGACAUGGACUACCCGCUCCAGGGACCAGGUUUACUCAGUGUGCCAAAUCUCCCAGAGCUCAGUGCUGUCCGCCGAGUUCCUCUGCCACCUGAGCUGGUGGAGCAGUUCAGCCAUAUGCAAUGUAACUGCAUGAUGGGAGUUUUUCCAGAGAUCUGUCGAGCGUGGCUUACUAUUGACAAUGACAUCUUUAUGUGGAAUUAUGAAGAUGGAGGAGAUGUGGCCUAUUUUGAUGGCCUUAUUGAAACCAUUCUGGCAGUGGGCCUUGUAAAACCAAAACAAGGGAUUUUACAGCCACACAUUCACUACCUCUUAGUAUUGGCCACUUCUGUGGACGUAGUGAUCCUUGGGCUGAGCUUCCCCAAGAGCCAGGCGGGGUUGAAUGACAGCAUGUCUGGUGGGAUGCAACUACUACCAGACCCCCUCUUCUCAAUCCCGACAGACAACACCUACAUCCUAUCCAUCACCUCCACAGACCUGGGACGCAUUUUCAUGGCAGGAAAGGACGGCUGUCUCUAUGAGAUAGCUUACCAGGCCGAGGCAGGAUGGCUGAGCCAGCGCUGCAGAAAAAUCAACCACUCUAAAAGCUCUCUGUCCUUCCUCGUCCCCUCUGUGCUCCAGUUCUCCUUCUCUGAAGACGACCCCAUUGUGCAGAUUGCUAUUGACAACUCCCGCAACACACUAUUCACACGCUCUGAGAAAGGUGUUCUGCAGGUGUAUGACCUGGGGGCUGAUGGUCAAGGUAUGAGUCGUGUGGCAACCAUGUCACAGAACACCAUUGUUGCGGCUGCUGGGAACAUAGCCAGGACUAUUGAUCGUUCUGUCUUCAAACCCGUUAUCCAGAUCUCUGUGAUUGACAGAUCUGAAUCCUCAGAUUGUCACCUGCUCGCUGUCACUCAUGCAGGUGUGCGUCUCUACUUCAGCACCACACUCUUUGCCCUUCCACACCAGAGGCAUGUGGCAGUUCGACCUAGCCUGUUAGCUUUGGUCCAUGUUCGUCUGCCACCGGGUUUUUCUGCAUCCUCUACCCUGCAGAAACCUGCAAAGGUCCAUAAGGCACUACACAGCAAAGGUAUUCUGUUAAUGGCUGCUUCUGAGACAGAGGACAGUGACAUUCUGUGGUGCAUCAAUCAUGAUUCCUUCCCCUUCAAGAAACCCUUGAUGGAGACUCAGAUGAUGUCUAAUGUAGAUGGACACUCUUGGGCUCUUUGUGCCAUUACUGAGGAGAGACCAUCAAAGAUAUUUACUCCUCUGAACAAGGAACAGAUCCCCAUCACUGAUUCACCUGUGGUGGUCAAACAGCACAAUAUCCCUCAGCAGAAGUUUGUCCUUCUCUCUGCAAAGGGGAGUCAUAUCUUCCAAAAACUGCGGCCGGUGGACCAGCUCCGUCACCUCCUAGUGAGCUGUGCUGGGGGAGAAAAUGAAGAGGUUGAGCGUUUCUUCAAGCUGCACAGGGAGGAGCAGGCUUGUGCCACAGCACUGAUCCUGGCUUGUUCCAGCGCGGCUUCUGACAGAGAGGUGUCACAGUGGGCCACCAGAGCAUUCUUCAGAUAUGGAGGAGAAGCACAGAUGAGAUUUCCAGCUGGCAUGACUUCUCCCAGUACUGUUGGACCUGUGAUGAGCUCUCCUGCCCCAGGCAUCGUGCCCCCAGCUUUUGCCACACCUUUCGCACAAAUGCACUCUGGGUCUGCCCCCAUCACGCCCAUGUCAAUUGGCCCAGAGGUUAUUUUCUCAGGGAAACACAACGGCAUCUGUGUUUACUUUGCUCGCAUUCUUGGAAAUAUUUGGGACGGCAGUCUGGCUGUUGAGAAAACUAUAAGCCAAGGAAAUCAGACUGUCAGUAUUUUGGAAAGCAGCGUUGGUUCUUUUGCACUGGAGUCAGUACUCAUGGAGCUUUGCGGUUUGCGGGAGUUUCUUGAUAAAAACUCUCAGUUCAGUCCAUCUGCUCUUGGUGCUGCAAGUUUCAGCUCUCCUGCCAACCUGCAGCAAAGGCUGCUGGGAUUUAUGCGUCCUGACGGAUCCAGCUCGCAGCAAGUCCAGCAGGAGCUCCAGAGAAAAUAUCACACCAAGGCUCAGGUCUAUGAGAAAAUGUCCCUGCAGGGCACCCAGCAGCUAGUGCAUCGCUCUUAUCAGACUCUGGCCCUCUUGAAGCUUCUCUGUGAUCAUCAGUUCAGCGUCAUUAUGUCUGAGCUGCCAAAGGAGUUUCAAGAGCAGAUGAAGGGAGCGAGUUUUAAGGAUGUAGUAAUCCGGGGCAAGGAGCUGUCUGGAGCACUCGUCACAGCCCUCAUUAAUGUCUACAUCAAAGAUAAUGCCUCCGUGGAAGCCAUCAGCAAUCACCUGCGCGACAUCUGUCCCCUGCUGUACAGCAGCGAUGACAGCGUUUGCUCCAAGGCUAAUGAGCUGCUGCAGAGCUCCAAGCAGAUUCAGAAUAAAGCAGACAAAGAGCGCACACUGAGGGAGUCUCUCCGGCUCUAUCAGCAGAUCAGCCAACACACAGAUCUGCCGCUGGUCUGCUCUCAGUACAGACAAGUGCGUUUCUACGAGGGAGUCCUUGAGUUGUGCCUCACGGCAGCAGACAAGAAAGAUCCACAGAGACUGGGGCCCCACUUCUACAAGAAUGGAGAGCCUGAGGAGGACGGCGUGGGACAGCAGGCCUUCCAUGAAAGACUUUUGUGUUAUAAGUGCAUCACAGACACCAUGCAGGAGCUGGUGAACCAGAGCAAAGCCGCUCCUCAGUCCCCCAGCGUCCCUAAGCAGCCUGGGCCUCCCGUCAUGACUUCUGACCCCAACAUGCUCAGCAACGAAGAAGCUACAGCUCAUUUUGAGCAGAUUCUCGGUCUGGCUCAGAGGUCUCAGGACGAGCUGUUUCACAUCGCUCUGUACAACUGGCUGAUUCAGGCCGACCUGACUGACAAGCUACUGGAGGUGAAUUCUCUGUACCUAGAGGAACACCUGAUGCAUAUGAUCAAGCAGGACCAGAGCAAGGUGCACAAUAUGGACCUGUUGUGGCGCUACUAUGAGAAGAACCGUAACUUUGGCAAGGCAGCUCAUGUACUGGCCCGUCUCGCUGACAUGCACAGCACUGAGAUCUCACUGAAGCAGCGUUUGGAAUACAUUGCAAGAGCCAUCCUGUCUGCUAAGAGUUCCUCGUGCAUCUCGACUCAGGCCUCUGAUGGAGAGUUCCUUCACGAGCUGGAAGAAAAGAUGGAGCUGGUGCGUAUCCAAGUACAGAUCCAGGACACCCUGAUCAGACAGUACUCCCAUCAUCCCUCAGUGAAAAAUGUUAUCUCCCAGUUGGAUUCAGAGCUUAUGGACAUGACCAAGCUCUACGGGGAGUUUGCUGACCACUUCAAAUUGUCUGAGUGCAAGCUGGCCAUCAUUCACUGCGCAGGACACUCUGACCCAAUCCUGGUGCACUCACUGUGGCAAGAGAUCAUGGAAAAAGAGCUGGGAGACAGUGUUGCUAUGAGUCCAGCAGACAGAAUGAGGUCUCUCAGUUUGAAACUGGUAUCACUGGGAAAGAUUUACGCAGGAACACCAAGAUAUUUCCCCCUGGAGUUCCUAGUGAAGUUUCUGGAGCAGGAGGUGUGUCGACUGAACUGGGACGUUGGCUUCGUCACCUCCACCAUGCAGGAGAUUGGAGUACAGUUGCCACGUCUUCUUGAGGUUUAUGACCAACUCUUCAAAACUCGGGACCCCUGUUGGCAGCGGCUGAAGAAACCUCUGCACUUGGUGGAGUGUAUCCACGUGCUUCUGUCAGGAUUCGUGGAUGAGCCCAGCAGAGUACCAAGCUAUGACAAACGCCGAUUCACUAACGUGUGUCUUGACAACAUCUGUGGAUACCUCGUGGAGCUGCAGUCCCUGAGCCCAAACGCGGCCCUUCUACAAACCAUCGGAAACUUUAAGUCGCUACAAGCGAAGCUGGAGAAAGUCCACUGACUCUUCUAAUGACGUUAUUCACAGGAAAAGCAACAGGUGACGUCUGGAUCUUGCCAGGUUGGCCUUAAUUAAACGGCUGAUUUUAAAAGUGUGAUCACACGAUGAGCCCACGACAUGACGUUUGUAUUCCACAGUAGAGUUUCCCUCUUUUUCUCUUCGGUCGGAUAUGUUGCAGCUUAGCAAGAGCUUGUUGUUAAGGAACAGAGGGGGCAGAUGACAAUGUCUUCUGAUUUAAAAAAAAAAAGAGGAAGACAGAAGAGACAGGUUUUAUAACUUAUUUAAUACAUUUUGUUAUGAAUCUAAACAUUAUGCUGAAAUAUACAAAUUAGGAAAGCAAGGCACUGUUGGUUAUUUGCUUUGUGUGCAUAUAGCUGUGUCUAAAAGAUGGAUAUCUAAAAAUGACAAGAUAUUUGAGUUACUUGUGUUGAUUUAAAAACAUGACAUAAAAACAUCACUCUGAAUUUUAAAGGUGGGUUUUCAUACAUUGAAAAUGCACUUGACUAUUGAUUUGGGAUAUUUUCGUUUGAAUCCAUAUGUCUAACUAAAGUCUUUUGAUCACAGGGGAAUCAUUUAGAUUGUUCUGUGUUUCCCUCCAAACAAACAGUUCAUGUUUUGGAUGUUGUAAUUAUGUACAUAACUUGGCCAUAAUGUUGUCUCUUUUGCCAAAGGUCAUGCACACACACAGAAACAUUUUUUCUUUCAUGUUUAUUAUUUAGAGUGAGCAUUUUGUCUUCUCGGCUGACACAUUUAACAGUGAUUUUUGUGAUUUUGUUUUGAAUGCUGAACAAAUUUUUAACUGGUGCAGUUCAGUGCUGUACUGCAAACUUUGAGCGGGAAAAUAAAUCAAACAUUUUUAUGAAGAAAUAAAACGUGUUCU